AUGGGGGGAUUUACGUUGCCUUUGAGGGGAUUUCUCCUCUUGCUUCUUCUCGCCGUCCUCUGGGUGGCGGACCGGGGUCGGCCGAUAUUCGCAGCCGCGACUCCGCAAUCCUCAGGUGGAGCGGGCGUUCGAGCGCGUCGAGCGCAACGCAAACUCAAACAGAGCGCGGAGGCAGUCAAAGCGUCAGAGCUCGGCAAAGAAUUGGUCGACGCAGUCGUUGAGGAAUCGGGGAAGCCCGCGAGCGAGAUUCUCCCGCCUGGAGGAGAAAAAGCGCUCGUCACCGGCUUGGCUGUGGCCGAGGGAAUCCACGUUACUCAGGGUCCAAGCGACGUCGUCCGUGUGUUUGGUGCGUCUCUCAUGAGGCGGCUGAUGGCGCUGACCGGGAGCUGGAAGUUGCAAGAACUCCCAGACUUGGAUCGAGUUCUCAUCACAAGGACGCCUCCUCUGGGCGACGAACGCCAGGGACGCUCCUCCGCGUGUGUCUCAGUCACUGGAUUUGACGCCUCGGAGAAACCAGCGCCAAUCAUUUUCGUCAACGGUCUCGAGUUCGUCCAGAUGCUGUUCAUGGUGAUGGCGACGAUGCACCAAACGUCGUCCUUGACCGCGACGAAAGAUUUGCUCGCGUUCCUGCCCCUUCUGAGCACCUGGCGAAUGGUUGCGCAACUGCAGAUGCUCUACUACACCUUCAUCGCGGUGCCGUUGGAUGUGGCGUUGCGCAUGCUGGAGGAAGAAGUCCUCCCGUCCCUCCACGGCGACGCCAAGGGAGAAGCCGAGGCCAAGCUCACGGAACUGCGCAAGAUUUCCCACAGUGUGCGGGAACUCGCACCUCCGGACGUGGCGCCGAAGGACUUCACCAUUCAGCUGGACACCUCGGACUCCACUGAGAAGGCGAUCGUCAAAGCGUGCGUCAAGAACGACAUUCCCCUCGUUCGCUACGGCACGUCGAGUCUGUUUUUGAAGCGGGCACUCCAGAACCGAUCCUCGUUUUUCCAAAGUCUCCACAAGGGAGGCUCCGAGGCCGAAGACAUUGUCGGCCAUCUGGUCCAGAGUGCGGUGACCCACUAUUUGGACACCCACCAAAGGUCGCUGAGCGUCAGCGAGUUCAUGAAGCCCGAGUUCUGGGAAAACGAAGACGAAGCGGCUGUCACCCUCGACCAAGUCCUAGAAAUGACAAACAAGGCAGUCCAGGAAGCCUUCCUCAGCGUGCAGGAACGCCUGGAAGGUCAUGCCUCCUCGCAGGAGCUGGUGCAUCAACUGACAUCCGAAUAUAUGACGUCUGAAGAGGCCGUCAAAAAGCUGAGCACCGAAUUCACGGGAGGGAUCACACGAGCGCAAAAAGCGAUAGGCGAGUUCUACGAGAAGAACGACGCCCGGGGUCUCUGCGAGUUGUUGCAAAAUGCUGACACGAAGGAACAUCCGUGGAUUUCCCAGCUCAUUUACAUGUACUCGGAGCUCUCCAAGUUCUGCAAAAAGGGACAGUCUUUCUGUCAGGAGCUGCUGGACUGUCUCCAAGAGAGGCCGCCAAAACUCACGGCAGCGAUGGAGACGUUCGAGAUGAUUCGCCUCCUCCAAUCGAUCCUGGGAUCCACCACACAGGGUGGCGCAGAAGCUCUCGCUCGGUCGCUCUCCUCGGAACUCAAGGCGGAGGCACAGAAAAUCGAAGAUAUAGAGUCGGCUAAGGAGGAGGAGGCUUCCAGGGAGUCUCGACACGCCGAACAGUUGUCGACAUCAACCUCGUCGGAGGCUUCGAGCUCGGAAGUCAAAGGCGCGGAGGGCACGUCUUUGAAGGAAGGUUCUGCCGACUCCGUCGACAGCAACGCAGGCUCCAGCGGCUCUAUAGCCGCGAGCGGAAUCUCCGACGAGACGGCCGGCACUCCUGUGCUUUCUGAGGAGGCAAGAACGUUUCUCGCUGACGCCUCAAACUUUCGCGCAACGCUCCGAAUGACGGACCUCGGCCUGGUCCGCGCGUCUCUCCAGGCGUUGCGCUACUACGCCAUGUACAGACAGCUCAGCACGGGAGCCUUGGCGCGUCUGUCGUCUGACUGUUACUUUUUGGAGGAGCAAGGCGCUGCCCAGCAAGAGCUUCGCGAGGCGUCCAAGUUUCUGCCCGAUCUGGCUAGUCACGCAGUGGAGGCGUCCGCGAAGGAUGCGGAGGCCUCGACCUCACAGAGUUCUUCGCACCACGCGUUUGUCGAACGUGCCCUUGCCAUCCAGGCGCCUUCCGUUCUGGGCGCUGCGGCGCUUCGCUCCGGGUUUGCUCUCCGCGACGCCUGGACGUCGCCCUCGGCGCUGUCCCUGGUCCAGGCGUCGGAGGCCUUGGGGACGAAACGCUCAAAGAAUGGCAGGGGUCGAAAGAAGAAAAGAUCGAGAAAGCGGAAACCGAAACAGAAAACGAAACAUCUGGAGACCUCUGGGGCACCGCCGCUGCAGACCGUCCUGCGUCGCCAUCGAGCUGUCUCCUGUUUCGUCCUCGCGGCGGAGGCGGCGCACCUGCUGACGCAGCAUCCGUUUUUCGAGCUCAAGACGUCUGAGAGGGCGAAGACCAUCUUUGAGAGGACACAUCAGCAGAUGCAGUCCUCGUGGGAUAACACACUUUACGCGGAAACUGCUGAUCAGCGGCACCUGUCCUCAGCCAUUCACUCCUACGGACUCGCACCUCUGAGCCUGCAAACGUUCUUGCACACGCGCGAGACCAUCCUUUCCUGGCUGAAGAAAGAAUCGACGUUUUUAUUCGAGAAAUGCGGGGACCCAGCGAAGCACACGCUCCUUCCGGCUUCUCAUGCGAGUGACAGUCUCGGGCACUUCAGCUUCUCGCUGCAAGAUCUGAAUGGGUUGCAGCGGCUACUGAUGGAGGUCUGCGCUCAUAUUGCCGUCAGGAAGGACUUGCCGUUCAUGACCACCCCGUUGUCUCUCACCGAAAAGAUCAUGCGGAUUCCAGGCGACCCCGCUGCUGUGACAGCAGGAGGCUCUGCAGUCGUUCCACUUGUCACGGAGAUGCUGCAAGUCAUUGGCAAUAACGACUUCGGCUCCACAUUUGAUCCACUUUGGAAUCGCGUGCUUGCUGCCGGCGAGGUUCUCCGAGACUCGGAACACAAAAGCGACGAGCUCACGAAGGCCCUCGAGAAAGUGGAAAAGAAGCGCAGCAAGGACUUGGCGAACAUCAACAAAAGUCUCCGUAUUUCAACCCCAGUCACGCAAAUCAAGGCGUCCUUCGAUCGCUUGGGGCUCCGAAUGUGGUUAGCCUCGCUGACUGUCGCUCACACCGGGCUCGGAAGCCAGAAAGGGAAGAACCGGAAAGUGAAACUGCUCACCUCGCGCAUGCAAUUUGCCAAAGGCCGUCUUCACGUUCUGGAGUGCCUGGAGAAGCACGAGGCCCUGACGGAGGUGGCCUUCCUCAAGGCGUCGUCGCCGCGACACAAGCCGUCCAGUUUCAAAGCGUGCCCGAAGCCGUCGCCCAUGCCGGAUCAGCAGGCGCUGGAGCGCAUCUACGACGAGUGCUUGAAAGCCGACACCUCGCCUGCCGAGAAGCCGAAGAAAAAGAAGGGGAAGUUCGCUUCGCACGGAAAGGAAGUGCAGAAGGGGGGGCUAGGCUCAGAUGCAGAGAGUGCAGCGGCGGGUUCUGAGACGGAGGCCUCGGCAUCGUCAGCGGCAUCGGAGCCCUCUGAAGCGCUGUCGGGUUCCUUACAUGCAGCCUCGGAGCGUCACACUGUAUUCUCUCUCGGGGGCGACAACAGCGCCACGGCAAAAAGCAUCAUGGUUGGGGUUUCACGCACCACAAGUCUGCUGAUGCGGCUGACGAGGAAUCAAAGACUCAUCAUGGGGCAUUUGGCGAAUCCCAUGAAGGCUCAGGCAGCCACGGCAAAAAGCAUCAUGGUUGGGGUUUCACGCACCACAAGUCUGCUGAUGCGGCUGACGAGGAAUCAAAGACUCAUCAUGGGGCAUUUGGCGAAUCCCAUGAAGGCUCAGGCAGCCACGGCAAAAAGCAUCAUGGUUGGGGUUUCACGCGCCACAAGUCUGCUGAUGCGGCUGACGAGGAAUCAAAGACUCAUCAUGGGGCAUUUGGCGAAUCCCAUGAAGGCUCAGGCAGCCACGGCAAAAAGCAUCAUGGUUGGGGUUUCACGCGCCACAAGUCUGCUGAUGCGGCUGACGAGGAAUCAAAGACUGACCAUGGGGCAUUUGGCGAAUCCCAUGAAGGCCCAGGCAGCCACGGCAAAAAGCAUCAUGGUUGGGGUUUCACGCACCACAUUUCUGCUGAUGCGGCUGACGAGGAAUCAAAGACUCACCAUGGGGCAUUUGGCGAAUCCCAUGAAGGCUCACGCAGCCACGGCAAAAAGCAUCAUGAGGGUUACACGGCUCACGGGAAGCAUCAGGGUUGGGCGUUUGAGAGCCGCAAGUCCUCAGGUGCGGCGCGUAAAGAUUCGGAGGCUCCUCCGGGCAGAUCCGAGGCGGUCGGGGCCGAAUCUGAAAGUCGCGUGUUACAUUUGA